AUGCAAUUGUCUCCGUGUAUAUUCGAUGUUUUGACGAAUGGUGAGUCUGCCGACUAUGAUUGGGGUUUUCCCUUGGCCUGAUGCUUUGUUUCCAAAGUCAAGGUCAGACUUAUUCCGCUUUUUUGAGUUCAACAUCAAUUUAUUUCGCUCUGUCGAGUGUACAGUAUUUUGGACGUAUCUUGUUUUGAAGCUGCUCGCCUGCUGCCGAAAAGUCUUUAGAGAACCACUCAGGAUUAAUUUGUUUGCUUGGUGUUUUCGUAUCUUUGAUAAACAUUUAAAAUUCAUUCUUAGUGUUGUGUUUAAUAUAGAUUAAAUGUUGUUUUUGUUUUAGUACGAGGUCAACGACAGAGCGAUUCAAUGAGAUACAAGAGUACCUCGAAGAGUACAACGCGAUUACAGAGUGUGUGUACAUAUAUUCUGAUUUUUUUUCAUUGUACAAUAAAAUACAUCCACAAUUUGUUAUAUUCAGCAUCAAUGUCAGUCGGCCAUCACACGUCCAAGUGACCGUUGACAGGUUAGACAAGCAUGGUUACAUUUACUUUCAUAUUAAUUUUAACAAACUAAAGAUUUACCUUGCAUAAUCUUUUCAGACCGAGUAGAAGUGCAGUCAAGAACCGCCAGCAAUACAGAGAGCGAGAGGAUUAACGAGAAACGGCCAGCUCGAAAAGGUAAACCGGGUAUAUUUAUUAUUUACAGUAAUUUUACAUGAUGUACUUUGUAGAAACUUUAUAUAAAUUAAGUACUUAUAUUAUUUUAUUCUUGUAGCUUUAUUUACAUCUAAUGCCAAAACAAGUAAAGGUUCGGGGAUGAAUAGAGCAAGAGGUUAGUCCACUCCAUGUACUGUAUAUUGUAAAGAAUCGACAAAAAUUAUUGUAAUUUAAUUAGCUCUUAUAAUUAGUAAACUGAUCAUUUUACCUACAGGACAUUCCCAGCCAAGGCAGACUGCAUGUAUGGUCCAAACACCAACUAGCAGCAGUUCUGAGUUUAUUUAUUGGAUAAAUAUUGUCUUUUGUAAUAACUACCUUUAAUAAAACAGAUCAAAGAAGCCAGGCAAUGAGUGCAAGAUGCAGCAGCCUUGGACAACAACUGAAUAGUCAGCAAAGACGGCCAAGUACAUUGACAGGUUCGACAGACUUCAAUACGAUUUGUAAAAACUGAAAAGGCAUAUUUUAACCCAUUAAGCGCCAGCGCUCUCCCCUUGACAAGUAAAAUCGUCUGGCGUUAAACAGAGUAAAAUACUAAAGUAGGGUGCAUCGCCAUUCAAUGGGUUGACUAGACACAUGUGCAGAUAGGCCAGUUAACCCAUUAAGCACCAGCGCUCUCCCCUUGACGAGUAAAAUCGUCUGGCGUUAGACUAGAGUCAAAUACCAAAGUAGGGUGCAUUGCCAUUCAAUGGGUUAACUAGACACAUCCAUGGGCAGAUAGGCCAGUUAACCCAUUAAGCACCAGCACUCUCCCCUUGACGAGUAAAAUCGUCUGGCGUUAGACAGAGUAAAAUACUCUGGCGUUACACAGAGUAAAAUACUAAAGUAGGGUGCAGCACAGUGCAUCGCCACUCAAUGGGUUAAUCUAGCCAGUAUUCAUUACGUGUUAAUUUUCACAGGGGAACGAGCGGCACGACAAACAAACGAUGAUGAACGAUCAACACGAGGUUAGUUAUUGAAUAUAUGAUCAUGUUUUGAUUUUACAUCCUACCUGCAAUUAACAAAAAUAAAAACAAAAUCUUUCUUUUGUACUACAUUAGAAUAAGCAAAUUCAGGGAUGCACAGAGAAAGAGGUAAAUGACCCGAGUAAAUUCCCCACCCCUAUCAAUUUGGUUUAAAUAUAUUCAUGUCUACCUUAUUACAUGCAGUUCAUCUAUAAAUUAGGUAUUUAUUUCAGCUAUUGGUCACUCCCAGCCUAGACCUAGGCCUUCUAGUCUUAUUUGUAUAUUUUUAAUAUUCAGCGCUUUUUCACAUGAAAAGACUGGGACUAGGUGAUUUGGGGGCGGGGCGGAGGAUUCCGAUCUCUAGAAGGCCUAGUUGAUUUCCCAACAACAAGGCCAAAACUGCCCUGAAACUGCCCUGGUUGCGAAAUGCCCAAUUAUUGCGUUCUCAAACAGAAUUAUUUGCAACUUAACGGCGAAUUUAAACCGAUACAGGUAAAAUAAACUCAUUUAUAGUAUAAACUAACUAUUUUUAUUUGUAUACACGUCUAGAAAAUAGGGUUUUUUAUCAUAAAGUUCGAAGCUACACUAUUAUUUAAUAUGUUGACAAAGUGAAGCGAAAGCACAAAAUGAGUCAAAAUAUAUACCAAAAGUAGAAUCUUUCAUGAAAUUUUGUCUUAUACACAACUACAUUAAUAUUUAUAUAUUUUCUCAAUUUUGGCAAGAAGCAGUCUUGUGUUUGUAAAAUAUACAAACACAUAUACAAUUAUAAUUUAUUAAAUAAAACGGAUACAUAUAUUAUUAGCCUGUACAGUACUGUAUAUAAAAACGUACAUUGUUUACAAAUGGUAUAUCCGUAAUAUUUGAACAAUAAUUUCAAAAUCCUCAUUCCCAAUUCGCAAAUAUAGUUAUUCAAAGCAAAACAGUAGAUUGUCUUGCGAAGAAAAGAAUUAUUAUUUUGUGCUUUCGCUUCACCUUGUCAACAUAAUAAUAGUGUUGCAUCAAACUUUAUGAUAAAAAACCCGAUUUUCUAGACGUGUAUACAAAUAAAAAUAGUAAGUUUAUACUAUAAAUGAGUUUAUUUUACCUGUAUCGGUUUAAAUUCGCUGUUAAGUUGCAAAUAAUUCUGUUUGAGAAUGCAACAAUUGGGCAUUUCGCAAUCAGGGCAGUUUCAGGGCAGUUUUGGCCUUGUUGUUGGGAAAUCCACUAGGCCUUCUAUUUUUUCGCUUGCGUCAGGCUUGUGUCCUUCCUCCGCCCCGCCCCCAAAUCACCUAGUCCCAGUCUUUUCAUGUGAAAAUGCGCUGAAUAUUAAAAAAAUAUAAAUAAAAAUAGAAGGCCUAGGUCUAGGCUGGCUCACUCCCACACUGCAGCAACUACAGCAGUUAUAAUGGAGCAAAGAACAAAUGAAGGUUUUUAUUUCAUGGCAUUGAAUACAUCCAGAUAUAUCAUUUAAAUAUCUAAUUAGUUCAAAAGAACUGAUUGAAUCAAUGUCAAAUACUAUUAUUAACUUUGAUAAUGGUUCAUAAUGUCACAUAUUAAAGAAGUGUCCCUGAAUGAAUGAAUAGAAUAUUUUCUUUAGAUCUGAUAAACGAAAUGAAGUCCCUGAAGGAUGAAGUCCAUUGUUUGAAGCGCAGCAUUUCUCAACUGACUGAGCAACAGGGAGAGCUUUUUCGUAUGGUUAAGUCUUUGAAGAAGACGAGUGAAGCCAGUCACUUUGACAUGGGGAAAUGCUGUCACACUGUAUGUAUAAAAAGUAAAGCACAUGUAUUUCAACAAAUUAGUCAAGUCCUUGUGACUAGGUAGCAAUAUUAUUAUACAAUCUGUUUUUGACAGGAGAAUGUCAACAGAAUACUGGCACAGUUUUACUGUACGAAUGGUCGCUAUCCAAUGGCCACUGAUGAUAAAAAGGUAUACAAAGAAUAACUUUUUGUUUCACAAUCAGAAAUACUUAAUACUCAAAAACAAUUAUUAAAUUAAUAUACAUUACUAACAUCAAUCAUAGAUCAUUUGUCCUCGGAAAAUUGAAUACCACUUUCCCUUUAUUUAGCCUCCACACCCCUAUAUAUGAUAAACACCCACCCUCUACUUAGUCCCUUGUCAGUGCUGACUAUAUCUAAAUUAAAAAUGAAUAAUAGAUGUUAUACUUUAAUAUAUUGAUAUUAUUUCAUCUGAGUUUAUUAUCUAUCCAGUUAGUAUUUACACCCCCCUCCCUCCUCUAACAAGUCCUCAAAGGUCUGAAUAGGGAACUAUGGUAUUCAAUUGCAUCUAAAAUGUUAUUAAAUUAAUCUUAGAGAUUGCUCGAGGAAGAAUUCCUGGACUCAGCUUCAGGCUUGACCGUAGAAGAGCUCAUGCUGCAUGUCACCAAAUAUGAAGCGAGCAGAUAUUCAUAUUGGAGGAGCAAGGAACGCAGAAGAGUAAGCUUUCAGUUGUUAUACCUUUAAGCAUCAGGCCCCAUCACACCAUCAUGCCCCACAAGUCACAAGUCUGUUCACUUUCUUGCUAGGUUCUUGGAAUUAAUGGCUAUGAGCACUUGGUCAAGGCAUCCUCCAAUAUUCUGGCCAAGAAAGUCCAAGAAAGUCCAAUAUUCUUGGCCAAGAAAGUCCUACAAUGCUGUGGCAACAUCUACAAUCAAAAAAGACAUCAUCCUGAUAGUAAGUGUACUAGUAUCAUUACCAUAUAA